AUGGACCAACAAAAACUCCGGGUAUACCUUUUUCGUAUUUUUUCCUUUCUAAAAUGAAUCUUAAUCCCAUUUGGCAUCUGUCUAGUAAUAUCUCAUAAAAUCGAGCAAACUGAUAUUCCUCCGCAAGCAACUUUUACGUUUGAAGAGCAUUGUAAAUUUUAUAAUUAUUCUUUUGAAAAAUAUACUGUGACGACUGAUGAUGAUUAUAUUCUGUCAUUAUACCGAAUUCCUGGUAAAAAUCCAGGACCGCCUGUUUUAUUAAUUCAUGGGCUAAGCAAUUCAGCUAACUGCUUUAUUGUAAACCAAUGCGCCCAUCCUCCAGCUUUUAUUCUUGCAGACCAAAAUUUUGAUAUAUGGCUCGGAAACUGCAGAGGAAGCCAUCUAAGCCGAGGUCAUAAAUAUUGAAAUGCAACUAUAGACGAACAGUACUGAGAUUGAUCAUUUCCUGACAUAGCAUUAUAUGAUCUCCCUGCAUUUGUAAGUUUUGUUAAAAAUCACACAGGACAUGAAAAGAUAGGGAUGGUUGGGCAUAGUCAAGGCGCUGCCGCUAUUUUGUGAAUGCUUGGAUAUUACCCUCAUAUGAAAGAUGAUUUAGCUGUGGGAGUUUUAAUAGGAACUUCUGGAAGCAUAUUUACUUCAGAGAGCCCAUAUAUAUAAAGUAGGUGCGCUAAAAGCUGGCCUAGAUAAGAAAUUGCAGCAAAAUUGAGCCAUUUAGCCUUAAAUUUUAAAAACAAAAUCAAUUAUGUCUCAUGAUUUCUUUAUCAAGCAAAAUGUAAAGGACGGUUGAGCGACCAGACAAGCGCAAAUUUUUAUUAUUUAUUUAUUUAUUUUGUUGCAUCUUGAUUUAUCAAAAACUUGAUUUUACAAGGCCAUAAUAAAAAAUUAUUCCACCUGACGUGGAACUUGAUAUUUUAAGUAUUUAUAAAAAUGUUUUUAGCUUUUAUUUAUACCUUUUUGGACAAGUACGCAUUAUUAUAAUUUAAUAUCAAUAUCAUCAUUACAAAUCAUAUUACUAUUAAAAAAUAAUAAAAAUUUAAAUAUUUUUUAGGAAUCCAAAUAUUAUAAUAAUAAAUGGACCCCGUUAUAUUAAAAUUAAAGCGCCAUAAGCAUUUCGGAUGCUCUUUGGAUGAAGCACCUGAUGAAGAAACACUCCUAAAAUGAAAUGAAAUUGACUCCUUCCUCAAGGAUCUCUUUAAAGCAAACAACAACAAUAAAAAAUACUAUUGACCAUAAUACCUUCCUAUCUUCUUCAUCUUCUGACAAAAAUUAUUAAGCUUAUCCAUAGUCGCUCGUAGCCAAAAAAACAUAAUUUAAAUGACUCUUCUGACAUAGCUCAAGAAUAGGUUUUAAAUAAUAUUUUCAAUUUAGAUAAUGAAUCUCUCUUAAAAUCAGUUUGGAGUAUUUCCUAUAUCAAAACGAAAAUUCAAGAAAUAAAAUCAAGAAUAAAAGAUAAUUCUAAGAAUCUCAGCUUAUUUAAUUCAGGAAAUAGAACAGCUGUAUUUGAAAAUCUUAUGGAAGCAAAUACAAGAGAAAAGACUUUAUGCUACUUGGCUUUAUUCAAGAAAUAACUUCAGAUUUUAUUGAAUGCAUAUUUAUUUUAUAUAUUGAUAAUGCUAUCUAUAAUCAGAAUCUCCAAAUUUUAAUAAAAUUGGGCUAGCUCUGGAAGCUUAAAAUGGCUAGCUAUUGGAACAGCAAGAAAUGGAGGAGAAAUUAAGUGGGACUAUUUAGAUAGCGAUUUUUUAUGUCAUUUUCCUUUAUAUAUGAUCAGAAAAAGCCUUUCAAGAUGAAGAAAGGUAGUAAAAGAACCAUUUGCCAAGUAUCAGUUCCAUGCGAAGUAGGCAAUAAUUUUUAUAACCCUAAUUGAACACAAAAGCAAUCAAGCAAUGAAAUUAAGACCAUUACAAGCUAAUAAUGAAGAUACAUAUUUUGAAUGUGCAAUAAUAGCUGCGUCAAUAAAAAUGAAGAAAAUAUAAAUCAAGAGUUUUUGUGAACAAGAAAAAUCAGUUCAUGAUGCUAUGAAGAAAAUUGGAAUAAAAGCAGGAAAUGGAUUCAAUGAUAUUUGUCUUUAUGACUGAAGGUACUGCUAAGUGCUUUGAAAUUGUAGGCGUGCGCCACCUAAUGUCUAAAGAUAAUUAAUUAUCAUUGAAUAAUAGCUUAAAAUUAUUAAUAAUUAAAUACAAAAUAAAUAUGAUUCAUUUAAAAAUCAUGAUAAGAAUUUUAAUUUUUGUUUAUGGUUAAAAAAUCAAGUUGCGAUGCUAAAUCAAGAUGGAACAAAAUAAAUUAAAAAAUCAAAAUAAAGCUGCAAAUAUUCUUUAUAAAUACUUAAAAUAUAUCAUGUUUUGGAUCAAAAACGCAUGAGAUGAAUAAAAAUUUUAAUUUUGUAAAAUCAAGAUGGCUAUAGCAAAUAAAAAAUAAAAAUUCAAGCAGAAAGAAAAAACUCACUACAAAACUAAUCCUUUAACUUUUGGCUAAGUAUUUAAAUUUUUUAAAUUAAUAAAAAUAUUUUCUUCUCUCUGGCUAUAGAAAUCCGGUUGGUCGCUAACCGUCCAUUACAUUUUGCUCGAUAAAGAAAUCAAUAUAGGAGUAUGAGCUAUUGUCAAGAAUUCCUUAAGGCCUAUGGUUUGCUAUAAUUCUGCACAUGCUAUACAAUUUUUAUCAUCGUCUUGGCUUCAUUUUCUAUGUGAAGUUAUAGGGAUUAAUGUGAUCUCUGACUGAAGUGAUGAUUUAUUUUUAACAAAAUUUAUUCAAGCUUUUCCAGAAAUUGCUAUACUUAUCGCUCAUGAUUUAUAUGAUAUUAAGCUAAAUUCAGGCCUCCCUGAACAUUUGGGAACUUAUUAUCAUAGGAUGAGAGGGGGGACAAGUAUAAAAAAUUUAAAAUUCUGACGCCAAGCAGUCAAUAAUCAAUCAAAAAAUCCAAAACUCUAUGAUUACGGGCCUGAAUCCUCCAUUGAUAAGCAAGCAAUACCAUUAGAAAAUUCUAAUAUCGGCCGGUUUAAAUCCUAGCUAACGACAAUUUUUUGCAAUUAAUAAUCUGAUAUAUAAUUAAUAAUUAUAAUAAUGAGAUCUCUCGUUAAUUAUAUUAUACUUUAAUAGCUCAAAUAUAUUAAAUACAAUUUUUUUAUAAAUUAUUAGAUUUUUCAUUUCAAAUGUUAAUAAAUUUUGACUAUGAAAAUUUAUUUAUUUAUAAAAAUUAUUCCGAGCAGAAAAAGUUUGCUCGCUGAUCAAGGGAGAGUGAGGAAAAUAUAAAAAAAUAUGGAAGUUCAAAUCCUCCAAGUAUAAACUUUAUGGAUAUUGAAACACCUUUAGCUGUAAUUAACGGAAAAUACGACCUUGCUGUGCCCCAAAAGGACUCACUUGUGUUGAAGGAGUCAAUAAAAAAAGAAAAAUUAGUGUUUUAUCAUGACGAGUAUCCUCAUGACCAUGGGGGUUUAAUGUUUUCUUGCAAUAUGACUUAUUUCUAUCAAGACGUUACACAGCUGUUGAAGAAAUACUUAAGUCAAUAG